AUGCACACUGAGGCACACAAACUUCCCUGCUGCUGCUGUGGGAAGCUCUUCAACAAUAGGUACAAACUCAAGCUCCAUCGCAUCAAGCAGCAGAUACAGCGUCCACCAAGGUGCCAAGACUGUGGGUGGGUGUUUGCUGCUCAGGAGUACCUUGAGGAUCACAUGCGCCAAGUUCAGAGGGAUCUGCCACUUGAGUGCCUCAUAUGCCAUCACAGGUAUCGAUCCCAAUUAGCACUUCUUCGUCAUCUUAAGUUUCACACCAGGAAAAUGGAAUAUGAGUGCCCAUCCUGCCUAGGCAGAUUUUCCUCCCCAAAUCUGUUGACUAAACACUUGCGCACAGCUCCACAACGAGCCAAUAUAGAGCCCUAUUGA